AGCUCACCAAAAAUAAAUCGCCUUUACGGCCAGCUUUCGUUAUACCAGUUCUUUAAUUGACAAAUCCCGCGGACUUGAGUCGAUUGAGUAGCCACAGCGAUGGCACCCAUAACCGCUGUCCCCGAAAUUUUCGAGGAAGAACUACAUACCGCAGUUGAUGCCCGGACAGAAUCAUUGCAAACACUCCGCGAACUUGGUCCCCCAGACCUCGUACACCUGGUCAAGCAACCUAUCAAGGGCGCCGCUAGACAAACGGGCGUGUAUCAUCAUGUUACCGGCAUAGAGGCUUCCUCAUCUGCUAGUCUCGCCGCUUACAUUAAUACUCUCACGCAUACACCACACGACAAGCAGAAUAAGGUGGUCUCUGGCCUAUAUUGCUGUUAUAAUGCGUUCUCGAGAUUGGACAUGCGCGUCCAGGUACAAAUACCAGGAACGGUGGAGAGUUACUGCAUUGACGAACGAGGCGACAAGCGGGUGGCAUCUGACGACCUUUGGCUGGAGACAUACCUUUGCAGUGUUCUUCGUGCGUACUCGUACGCAGAUGACGGCUCUGGAGAUGUCAUCAAGAAGAUUGUUGGUGUGCGAAGAUUCAACCCAAUUACAACGACCGAAGCGGAGCAUAGAUUCCUUGACGCGGCGGAGAGGUUAUUCUUCAAUGGCUGGCAACUCGGUUCGGAUCCAGAGAUCCAGGUACCAAACACGGUGUCGAACCAUUUGACGACGGGAUUGCUUAAUUACAUUCAUACUACUGGACGCUUUGCAUCAGGCAUUAAUCUCUUUGAGAAGCUUCGUAUUAAGGACCCCGAGAUAUCCUCGCUUCUCGCUCGAGUUUACAUCUCCGCUGAUGAAGAAGUAAAAGCUGUGCAAGUUCUCCACGACGCGAUUGAGCAGUUACCCAUGGACUAUUCACUCCUUGAUUGCCAAGCGUCCUUCCUGAACAAAAAGGGGCGAUCAGACCUAGCCCUAGAGAUUGCGAAGCGCAGCGUGGUUUCUGCCCCCAGUGAAUUCGGCACGUGGGCUCGACUAGCAGAGAUAUACGUGGGUCUUGAACAAUGGGAUCUAGCACUUCUCACACUAAACUCAUGUCCUAUGUUCACGUACCAAGACAAGGAUGCUCCCCGGAUGCCAGAACCCCUUCGGGUCUACUUGCCCACCAUGGCUGAGACUAUCUGUGAUGAGAUCGACGAUACUCAGGCCUCCUCGGAGUCUGAACUAGUGCAUCCUACUUUGCGGAAAUUGCACGCUGCUAAUUUCAAGGGCACGUUCCUAAAAGCGUACAUGCUCCUAACAGAGAUAACCAAGAAAAUUGGUUGGGACCAACUUUUGAGAAUACGAAGCCAGGUCUUCGUAAUGGAAGAGGAAUAUCGUCAUGAGAAGCAAGCUGCCAGCGCAACGCCACACAGCAGAAAUGCGUCGACCACCGCACUGAGAUCACCUUCGCCCAACCCAGAAACCAACGGUGAAGGCUCCUCCCAGCACAGCGAAUCCGAGACCAGAGCAGAAGAUAAAGAAGACGAAGAUGAUGAUAGCAGCGAAGUUGGAACACCUGUGUCCGCCGUACAAAACGGUGACGCCAAUCUCUCUAAACCAGCAUCAACUAUAACAUCCUCUGAGGUGCAUGCCGGCUCUGACAAUGCCGAAGUAUCCUCUCAAUCCCCAGAAACACACUACACACAGUUCCGUAACAAGCGGCUUUGUGAGCGCUGGCUGGACAACCUGUUCAUGGUGCUGUACGAGGAUCUGCGCGUGUAUACCAUUUGGCGGACGGAGAUGGCGCAGUUUCGACAGGAAAAUAUGCAGUACAAGAAGAGCGCAGAGGAGUGGGAGAUUCUCGGGGAGCUUGCGGAACGGCUCCAUCAUGAUGAGGAGGCAUAUGAAGCGUGGCAGCAGUGCUUGGCGAUUCGAUUUAGUCCAAAGGCUAUGAAAGGGCUUAUCAGGUGGUGGGAGCAGAGGGGCGACGUGAGGGGUUUGUUGGGCGCGGUUAUCAGGUUGAUAUGCUGGCAAUACAGGUGGUACUCAGAGUUUUCGCCUUCGCUCUUGUACACAGUGCGUAAACUCAUCGAGGAGGAAGGUGCGCUCAAAGUGCGCAGCAUCAUCCAAAGCACACCUCUACCAGAGCAUGUUCUGGAUUUGACGCAUCAGUAUGCAGCGUUAUGCGCCGCUUUCCACAGCACGGGCACAGACACGUGAGCGCAUAUGGAUCUUGAUAGUGCAGAAAUGCACGAGAUUUGUACUCGCUCUCUUCUUCGCAUCUCAUGAAAUCUAGGCUCUUUUGAUGGCCGAUGUGCGUACGCACACCAUAAGGCGGAAAAGCAAGGACCGCGCUUCUGGGCAGCGUUUUGUUCUCUCAAUGGCUUUGUGGUGCUGAUAAUCCUGCCAAACGACUGUCUCGAGAGCGUGUUUACAAGUUUUAGCAUAUCAGUUCGAGUCAGCAAGUGUUCAGUAAGCUAGAUUUUUCAGCUAUUCCGUAGAGAUAUAAUUUAUUGCAAAACAUUUUCCCG